CCCCCCCCCUUUUUUUUUUCUUCCCUUCGCCACCCGCAUUAAUUUGACGACUGGCUGGUUUUUCUUCUUUCCCGUCCCUCCGCCCGUUUCUCGCCUUGCGACUUGUUGAGCCUGUUGCUUGUUCGAUCGGUCGCGACCCAUCUAGCCCACGAUGGACGGUGGCCAGACCUCGACCAGCGCCGCCCCCGCGGGCAACUCCAGCGAUUUUGUACGAAAACUCUACAAGAUGCUCGAAGACCCAUCGUACGCGGAAAUCGUGCGAUGGGGUGACGAAGGAGACAGUUUUGUGGUCUUGGAGUGCGAAAAAUUUACCAAGACCAUCCUUCCGAAGCACUUCAAACACAGCAACUUUGCCAGUUUCGUGCGACAGCUGAACAAGUACGACUUCCACAAAGUGAGACAGAACAACGAGGAAAACGGACAGUCGCCAUACGGCCAAAACGCGUGGGAGUUCAAACAUCCUGAAUUUAGAGCGAACAGCAAAGAGUCCCUCGAUAACAUUCGACGGAAGGCCCCGGCUCCGCGGAAACAGACUCAGAGCAACGAAGACUCGGUCCCGACACAACAAAUAGAUUUGCUGAACCAGCAAAUAGUGGCUCAACAACAACAGAUUCAUCAAUUACACGAGCGACACACACGGCUCAGUGUUGAUCACCAACUCAUGAUGCAGGAAGUUAUGAGGGUGCAGAAGACCAUCCUCAAUCAUGAAAAUGUCAUCCACCAGGUGAUGACUUACCUGCUUUCUGUAGACGCCCGCCAGAGGCGCGACAGCAAAGCGGCUGCCGUGCCUUUCCAAGCCCAGGGUCAAGCAGGCUCGACACUGAGCCCUUCACAGGUCGCAUCCAUGGACGACGAGCCCUCGUCGCCCUUGCAGCAUGCCUCGAAGCUCCUGAAUGAUAUGAACGCCGAAAUCCAGUUCAACCUAGGGGGUCUAGAGUCGAUGGGCGAGCCACCGAAAACUACCGCUGUGGUUCCUACGCCUGCUCUGGAGACCGCUCCCCGAAAUGGUGUCGCGCGGCCAUCUGCUGCCGACGCAAGUGCGAAUACUGCUAUGGUCUAUUCCAAGAUGAACGGAGAGAUCGAGCCCGUCGUCUACCCAGUGGGCGCCACCAACGGAAUCGAUCCUAUGUACAGUGAACAUGUUAACAACGUCCCGUAUCCGAUGCCUCCCAAACAAGAGAUUGACGAAUCUCGACGGCAAUUCCCCGACAACCGGAAAAAGAGCGCAAAUGUCGAUCCCGGUUGGGUACGCAGCCCCCAUAUCCUGCUAGUGGAGGACGAUGCGACAUGUCGUCAAAUUGGUGGCAAAUUCCUGUAUUCUUUCUCAUGUCUGAUCGAUACCGCGUUUGAUGGCCUGGAAGCGGUGAAUAAGAUCCAGGAUGGUUCCAAAUAUGACCUUAUUCUCAUGGACAUUAUCAUGCCCAAUUUGGAUGGUGUUUCUGCUUGCCACCUUAUUCGCCAAUUCGACAGGACCCCUAUCAUCGCCAUGACUUCCAACAUCCGCAGUGACGAUAUCCAGCUCUACUUCCAACAUGGAAUGGAUGAUGUCCUUCCAAAGCCUUUCACAAGAAAGAGUCUUCUCGAUAUGCUUGAGAAACACUUGGUUCACCUGAAGACGAUGCCGCAGAGCAUAGAGGCUCCUCAAUCCGCAGCAGCCGUAACGAUGGCCGCGCAAAGCUCGGCCGCCCAGUCAGUCAAGGAGGACAGCUCUCCUGGGCAGUCGCCAGCAACAUCGAUGACUGCUUGGCAAUCACCCGGCCAGUUUCCAGGCAUGACUGCCGUGGCUCCUAACGUCCCGCAAGUCCAAAGCCAAUAUGUACCCACCGCCCCUGCUGCGGCUGCAUAUGCUGUAGAUCAGAACGGAGUUCAGUAUCCUGCACCCGCGGUGGCGCUUGCUACUACGGCGCCUGCGGCAGUCAGGCCGCAACCACCUCGGCGACAGCUUUCGGAAAUGUCGAGUGCUACCGAAAACCCCAAUAUGGCCAAACGGCCACGCAUGUACGCUCAUCAACCGCAGCCAAUGGUGAACCCCAUGCAAGCUGCACGAACGGGCUAGAUGGAGGGUCUUUCAGGUUGCCCUUUCUCAUCUCGCCCUACACCAGACGAACGAUGACCAUUUUCCAAUUUCCUUUCACACCCGCCUUUUGGCAUCUCUCACCUCACUACUGCUACGCCUCUCCACCUUACGAUUUCUGUUGUUCUUCUCGUGAUGAAGUCUUAGCCGUACGAUACUGUUGUCUCGGGGAGUUGUACUGCUUCUGUGUUAUUUUCCAGAUGUUGCUCGAUAUAUCCCGGUGUUGGAGGCGCGUGUUAUUUAUAUGCAUAGGUUGCGAAUCGUUUUGCGGCAAACUGUUGCGUUGCUUUCGUUUCUACUGACUGGAUGGCCGAUGCAGUCGAAAAAUACUGAUACUCGGGGUAUGGCAUCCAGAUACCUUGGUUUUGGCAGCAGGACCUUGGGCUGGCAGCAUGUAGUGUCUAUUGUACGCGUCAUUCUGGAACUGAUAUUCCAUUUGUUGGGGCGCUUUGGAACCAUUCUCUGUCGUUACGUGGAAGGUCAAUUUGCUGUGGGUCAAAUAGUUAGCUAAGCAUCUGAUGCUCAACAGCAGGGUUGUUGGGUCAGGAGGUAGGAGUCUAUAGAGUCAAAUUCAAAAUCUAUUAUUAAC